UUUGUUUUUUUGUAGGGUGGGUCAGAAAUGAGUGAGGACUACCACUACAGACUGGACCCCAGCGAUCGCCUCAAUGGUUUGGGACAAAGGAGGAAGAAACCAAAGAAGUCCGACAGCAACACAAGCUUCCUGCGUGCGGCCAGAGCAGGGAACGUCGACAAGGUGUUGGAAUAUCUGAAAGGGGGCGUCGACAUCAACACCAGCAAUCAGAAUGGACUUAAUGCACUCCACCUGGCAGCCAAGGAAGGCCAUGUAGAUCUUGUGCAGGAGCUGCUGGAAAGGGGAGUUGCAUUGAAUUCCGCAACAAAGAAAGGCAACACUGCUCUGCACAUCUCCUCUUUAGCUGGUCAGGCCGAAGUGGUGAAGAUUCUGGUCAAACAAGGUGCCGACAUCAACACGCAGUCUCAGAAUGGAUUCACUCCUCUCUACAUGGCUGCCCAGGAAAAUCACUUGGAAGUGGUGCGAUACCUUCUGGAGAACGGAGGCAACCAAAGUACUGCCACGGAGGACGGCUUCACCCCACUGGCCAUUGCCCUUCAGCAAGGCCACAACCAAGUGGUUUCAAUCCUACUGGAGAACGACACUAAAGGCAAGGUCCGGUUGCCCGCCUUGCAUAUCGCGGCCCGCAAAGACGACACCAAAUCGGCAGCGCUGCUUCUCCAGAAUGACCACAACGCGGAUGUCCAGUCCAAGAUGAUGGUCAAUAGAACUACUGAGAGUGGAUUCACGCCACUGCAUAUUGCUGCCCACUAUGGAAACGUCAACGUUGCCACGCUCCUACUCAACCGAGGGGCUGCAGUCGACUUUCUCGCCAGGAACGGCAUCACUCCCCUUCACGUGGCAUCUAAGCGAGGCAACACCAACAUGGUUUGCCUGCUGCUGGAUCGUGGCUCUCAGAUAGAUGCUAAAACAAGGGAUGGCCUGACCCCGCUCCACUGCGCGGCUCGGAGCGGACACGACACGGCCGUCGAGCUCCUCCUGGAGAGAGGAGCGCCGUUGCUUGCCAGGACCAAGAAUGGCCUGUCUCCCCUCCACAUGGCGGCACAAGGCGAUCACGUGGAUUGCGUCAAACACCUUCUGCAGCACAAGGCGCCCAUCGGCGACGUGACUUUGGACUACCUGACGGCUUUGCACGUUGCCGCCCACUGCGGCCACUACAGAGUGACCAAACUUCUUUUGGACAAGAGGGCCAACCCAAACGCGCGGGCAUUGCCUGUAAGAAGAACCGGGUGA